UGCCAGAUGAUUUGACAGCCUGUAUUUCAGCCCGCGAUUGCCGCGUAGAAUUCUUAUGACGUACUUAUCUGCAGACGAAGUUUUUGUUAAGAGCGUUGAGAUCGUUCGGAGACGGUUGAUUUCGAGUUCGGCUCAAGGAAAUAGUUCCAAUCUCUUCUGACUUCACGAAGUCUCCGGUUUUCAAGAUGAGUCAAGACACGCAGAGCUCACCAGCUCAGACAUUAGUUAUUGAAGCAGCCGAAAUAUUGUUACCUUCCAAGCACAUCUCUCAGGAUGUCGAGUUCUGGACUGGCGAUCCUCUAAAGUUCCGAAUGGAUCAGAUUUAUCCCGCAGAUGAUCCUCGAGUUGCUAUACUCAGUGGCCAUGGGCUCCGAUUACGGCUGGACAGAGCAGCUUCUUCACAACCGCCGACUAUACGUCUGCUCUGCCACAAUGUACCAGAAGUCCCUAUGCGUGUAUCACCUUCUGGAGCUCAUGUCGAAUUUAUCUCUGCAGACGAACAAUUUCCACGACCUGCCACUCAGCACGCAUUCAUUUGCCGUCGACUGAAGGACAAUGCUCCUUGGAUCAUAGGUAGAGCAGGCAUGCACUACCGCGAUCUUAUACCAUCUCGUCUAGGGGGCGCGAUCAUUGCAUCUCAUAUUCGAAUUCCGGACGCUGGACCAGUUCCCGACCAAGUUCACUAUCAUACAAUAGGAUUCCAGCUCAUUUACUGCUACAAAGGAUGGGUACGCUUGGUCUACGAAGACCAGGGUCCACCCUUCAUUCUCCGAGCAGGCGAUUGUGUCACCCAGCCUCCGAAGAUUCGGCAUCGCGUACUGGAAUCUUCAGAGAACUUGCAAGUUAUUGAGAUUGGUGUCCCGGCUGAGCAUAUGACGACGGUAGAUCAUGAUAUGGAGCUUCCAACGACAGCGCAUCGACCGGAACGGGAGUGGGAAGCACAGCGGUUCGUGCAUAGCCUUGCGGAGAAGGGGGUCUGGCAGCCAUGGCGGAUACCUGGAUUUGAGAGCUGUGACACUGGUGUGGCAGAUGGUACUAGGGGAGUUGCAACUGUGAGUGUCGUUCGACUUCUUCCGGGUAUUUCUGCUGGUGAAGUGGUUACGAGUCAUGACUCCGAUAUCCUCCUGACCUGUAAGUAUGCUUAAGAAUAUCCGUAUUGGAGGUCUUUCCAUUUAACAAACUCUGUAGUUGUCAUCUCAGGAUCCUGUAAGCUGCACGGCGAAGAUCAAGAUGCUCAGUCGUUAACAGAAGGUGAUGCUUUCACUAUACCGCCCGGAUAUAAG